UUGGCAAAGUAGCAUGUCAUAGCAAGUCAGAGAAUGAGCUAGCUUAUCUUGCUGGCUAUGAUAACUGGAAAUUAGUGUUGCCCGUAGCUGUUGUUGCAAAGGCAUGCGACUUUAAUAACUGCAUCACGCAGAGAGAAUCUACUAAAAUUGUUUUUAUUUGCCAUUUGUGUAAUUCUUAUUCACCUGGGAACUUCAGUCAACGUGAACAAGCUAACUUAACAAUGUCUUUCGUGCCUGGCCAGCCGGUUACUGCUGUUGUGCAACGAAUCGAAAUAGUCAAACUACGACAGGGUGACAACUUGAUUUUGGGCUUCAGUAUUGGAGGAGGAAUAGAUCAAGAUCCAGGACAAAAUCCCUUUUCUGAGGACAAGAGCGAUAAGGGUAUCUAUGUGACAAGAGUAACACCAGGAGGACCAGCGGAAGUGGCAGGUCUGAAGAUGGGAGACAAAGUAAUGCAGGUUAAUGGUUGGGACAUGACAGUGGUGACUCAUGACCAAGCUCGCAAAAAACUUACCAAGAAGAAUGAAGACGUGGUGCGGCUGUUGGUGACCAGGAAGGGGCUGGAAAAUGCUGUCAGAAACGCCAUGAUGUAAUAAUGAUGACAAACAAACACACUCUCAUUCAAGGGGAUUUUAAUCAAACAAUUAUGUGGCCAGCUGUAAUUGGAUCUGAAUGGGAUGCAGAGGCUAGAAAUUAUGAGUUUUAGGAAAGGAAUCACAUGCAUGAGUGAAAUAACAUGUGUGGGGAACAACUAGCUCUGCAUUAUCUGCCAAAGUUCAAAGCCAUUCUGACAAGGUAUUAGAAGGUAUUAGAGCCUACUGUACAAGUGGCCUCUCUCUGACCGUUAUUUUUGUGUGCGGGAUUACUUUUUUUGUGUGCAUGAUUACUUACACAUUCUAAUAUUUUUCGUUUUUUGUUUCGUUUUGAUUUUUAUUUAAUUUUUUUAUAUAUAUAAUCAGUAACACAACUUUUUUUCUAAGGGUCAUGUUAUAAAAACAAUAGGAUUCCACAACAGUGUUGACUGUUUCUUUAACUUUGCUCAAACCAAACUCACAAAAUACCAAGAGAUUCAAUUUUCACAUUUUCUCUUUUGUGUGUGUAUACACUGAAGGGGAGAAAUCAAAUGACAAAAUGAAAAAAUUAUAUUGUAAUCUAACAGCAGACACUUUUCAGCCAGGAAGGAUUUGAUAGCCCUAAAAUCAUACCUGUAGUUUAAACACAAACACAACAUUCCUCUAUGUGCCAUUUUUCAUAGAUUUAUAGUCGUACACUUUGUGUUCAGUGUGCGUUACGUGGCUGAUAUGACUGGCUCCGCAACAACAUUGUAUAUCAAAUGAACAGUUACACAUUCUCUUCUACAUUAUGGAAUUCAUGAUUAUAUAGUUGACCCACACACUCAUCUCACUCAACCUUUUAUACACCCAGUUUGUGUUUGUCAUGUAUCUCAGUGCUAAUUUUUUUCAUACUAAGUGCAUGGAAUUGGUUCAUGUUCUCUUUUAUUUAGGCCACUACUUGAUUGUUUUACAGUCACUUUGGUUUUGGGGUAAACUUUCCCUCUUGUAAUGCAUCUAUGCAUUUAAUGCAAGUACUGUCCAUUAAAUUCCAGAACUGUAAUAAUAUACAUUGUUGAUCAUACCCUUCUGGAGAAAUCAUGUUUCUUUAUGUCCAUAUAAUUCUUGUUUUGAGUUUGUUUUACUUUUAAUGUUUCAAUUGGGAGCUGGCCACACUGUCUUACUUCAUUGACUAUCUUUAUUUCAAUCACUAUACACUGGCUCUCUUUUGUAAGUGUCCUUUCUUUAACUGAUUUACCUGAACUUGCUGCAAUCUUUUACUGGUAGAAUCAACAGUUUUGAUAUUCCCAUUUUGACAUUUGAUUGUAUAUUUUUAUAUAUGGACUAUAUAAAAUGAUUUAGUUAAA